GGAGCGCGACAGCAACCCUCUCUCUCCCGAAUCUCUCUCUCUUUCUCUCUAGCUCCCGAGCGGGACAGGGCAGAGGCGCUGGGAGCCCCGACCCCUACCCUGAGCUCUGGGGAUGCACGAGCUUCUCUCUAGGAAGGGGCGCGCGGUGGGGCGGGGGUGACAUCCGAAGGGAAGGGCGUUUGCGGAAAGGACGCAGCUGCAGAUCCGUAGCCGGAGGCCGCCCAGGAUACAGGUCCACGGAUGGCUCAGUUGGGAGCGGUUGUGGCUGUGGCUACCAGUUUCUUUUGCGCAGCUCUCUUCUCAGCCGUGCACAAGAUAGAGGAGGGGCAUAUUGGGGUGUAUUACAGAGGCGGUGCCCUGCUGACUUCCACCAGCGGCCCUGGUUUCCAUCUCAUGCUCCCUUUCAUCACAUCAUAUAAGUCUGUGCAGACCACACUUCAGACAGAUGAGGUGAAGAAUGUACCUUGUGGGACUAGUGGUGGUGUGAUGAUCUACUUUGACAGAAUUGAAGUGGUGAACUUCCUGGUCCCAAGUGCAGUAUAUGAUAUAGUGAAGAACUAUACUGCCGACUACGACAAGGCCCUCAUCUUCAACAAGAUCCACCAUGAACUGAACCAGUUCUGCAGUGUGCAUACACUUCAGGAAGUCUACAUUGAGCUCUUUGAUCAAAUUGAUGAAAACCUCAAACUGGCUUUGCAACAGGACCUGACCUCCAUGGCCCCUGGGCUUGUCAUCCAAGCUGUGCGGGUGACAAAGCCCAAUAUACCAGAGGCGAUCCGCAGAAACUACGAGCUGAUGGAAAGUGAGAAGACAAAGCUUCUCAUUGCAGCCCAGAAACAGAAGGUGGUGGAAAAAGAAGCUGAGACAGAGCGGAAGAAGGCGCUCAUUGAGGCAGAAAAGGUGGCUCAGGUUGCAGAAAUCACCUAUGGACAGAAGGUUAUGGAGAAGGAAACUGAGAAAAAGAUUUCAGAAAUUGAAGAUGCUGCGUUUCUGGCGCGGGAGAAGGCAAAGGCUGAUGCUGAGUGCUACACUGCUAUGAAAAUGGCCGAAGCGAAUAAGCUGAAGCUAACCCCCGAAUAUCUGCAGCUGAUGAAGUACAAGGCCAUUGCUUCCAACAGCAAGAUUUACUUUGGCAAAGACAUCCCUAACAUGUUCGUGGACUCUGCAGGUAGUCUGGGCAAGCAGUUUGAGAACCUCGCUGACAAGCUGAGUUUUGGCUUAGAAGAUGAACCCUUGGAGGCAGACCCGGAGGAGAAUUGAAAAAAAAAAUUUUAUAUAACCUCAGAUGACACUUAAAGAGAUCUUUAUUUUUUAAUGAUGAACCAGGAUGCCCCUCCCUCUCACACAACCUUCUUUGACUGUCUUCCAAGUACUGUGGUGAGAAACAAAGAAAUGGACUUAAAUCUAUCCCCAUGGGAAUGAAGGGCAGGGAUUGAUGAUUUGGGGAUAUUAUUUCUGCUAUAAGUAGGUUAUAUGACUUCUGUUAAGAUUUGUAAACCACAGGUUUGAACUUUGACUUCCAGGCACUAAUUAUAGUCCUUUGAAGCUGGCUUAAUUAAGGAUGCUAUCAUUAAGGAGUGGGAAAAAUAGAAGGUGUUGCCUAUUUUUAGGUUAUUUGAUUUCCCUUAUUUGGGAAUACACAGUCCAGAUUUCUCUCCCCUGCCUCCAAGGUGGGAGAUGCCUCUAGGUGAGGUUCACACUGAGCAAAUAAGUGCUUGUAAAUUUGCCAGGAGAGCCGUGGGGAAGCAUCUGCGAGUUUGGCUUUCCUGGUGUUUUUGGCAGUGCAUGCAUGAGUAAUUUCAGAGGGAUGCUCUUGAGCCCCCAUAAGGAAGAACUGGUGCUAGAUUUUGCUAGCUUUUCUCUACACACUACCCUCCUUGCCCUAAGGAUUAAUGUGGUGGUUUGGACUACACUGCCAGUCAGUCAGGGUUUGGUCAUCACCACACAAUUCUUUUUAAAACUUUUAACCUAUUCUGUGAUUUGUGUUUUUUCCCCCUCUCAGUCUGUUCAGUGGUUCCAGUCAGCAUCAAGAAGACAGGAACAAACAACUCAAGUAUCUUAAUAGCUGCUAAAGUGGGAUUAUUAUGUCUGUUAGCCACUAUCAUACUUGCUUGGCAAACUUUGUAUGUUCCUUGAAAUCAAAUAUCUUUUUUUUUCUUUUUUUUUUCUUUUUUUCAAUCUGCAUCCAAGGAUAUGUAUUGUUGUUUUUAUUGAUUUGAGAGGAAGAAACAUGGAUUGGUUGUCUCCUCUAUGCGUUCUGACUGGGGAUCAAACCUGCAUCCUUUUUUAUGCAUGGGACCAUACUCAACCAACUGACCACCCAGCCAGGGCGAGAGCAGGUGUCUUUUUAUUGUUGUAAAAAGUCAGAAUUGAAGAGCUCCUUUGAAAGAGAAAGGAGCGUCAUUUUGAUGUAUAUGGCUUGUGUUGGGAGUUUAUCUGGUGUAGUGGUAGCACAUGUUUUUAAGUCCAGGGCUCUAGGCAGCCACACAGGAAUCAGACUAAAUGUUCAAUUUCCAUGGACAGCUGUGUAGGAGCAAAUCAGAGUUCUUGCCCAAGUAACCUGGGUUGCACGGGUUGCAUCCAAUUCUGUUCAAAUGUUUUCUUUUUCAUUACUAAUUAGGAAAAGUUUGAGUGACUCUGGAAGAUUUGGAAUAGGGAAGAGCAAACAUGAAAGAAGGUUUUCCUACAUCUUUGAAUUGGAGUUGGGGGGCCGGGGGGCAGCCUAUAGAGCCCAAAGUUGUAUACUAAAUUAUUGAGUGCAGCUUUCUGGAGUUAACUUGCAAGCAUGUUGCUAUUCUCCAUGACCAGCUUGGGUUUAGGAUUUGGCCUUAUUAGUAGCUACCCACCCACCCCAUCCCACCCCAAAAAAAUAAUACUCCCACUAUACCCCCUUUCCCCUCAGUGAAACUAGAAUGCUACUUUCUGGCUCAAAUCCCCACCUCCCCAUCUCCCUCCUUCCUUUUUGGUCCCACGCCCAGACCUCUAGUUUAUCAGAUGGCCCCAGAACUCAUGCCAGUUUGCUCCUAAAUAGCAAGUUUGGGGAACAGCCUGCCUAGAAAGAAACAAAGUUUCAGGUGUUUCCCUUCUCUUUUCUACUUUUGGGGACUAGAAUUCUCAAACCACUGGUCCUGAUCACACUGUGCAGGCUGCCAAAUGUUCCUGAGAGGGAUGGAUUUGAAUGUGCUCAGAAGGCCCGCAGUCUCCCAAGACAACUGCUAAGCUAUACACCCCCUACUCCCAUUUCAAUGCCAUUAAUCACUUGUUAGGAGCAGCAUAUUUCAUCCAGAAUCCCUGAUUUACAUAUUUGUCUACUCCCUCUCCUCUGAGACUUGCUACCUAGGUCACAGUAGACCCUACUUCACUACAAUUGAAUGAGGAGCAAAAGUAUCUCAGCCUCUUAGAAUAGCGCGUUUGCUCAGAUUCUUUAUGUUGGAAGCCUCUAAAACUAACAUCCUGUGAUGAUAGCUUGUCCCUUGCACUACAUACUCUUGGACCACAAAAAUCAGCAUCAAUAAAGUCCUGCAGCCCCUGCCCCCUCUUUGCUAAUGUCACUUCCCCUUUAAAAUACAAUAUAUAAAUGUUGUAGUACCCACUAGUUUAAAUCCAGUGGUUGUCUGCACCUGCCUGAAUAGUACGAUCAUGGAAUCAGCUCUUUCCUUAGCAUGGGAUAGCCAUGUCUGUCAGUGUGACUUUCUUGAACACUUAACUAGAAAAUCUGAUCUUAGCAUUUGAAUUCUAAAUACAUAAAAUGUGAUCGCCUGCAAUUUUGUAGGCAGUAAAGUUGUGGCUGCUAUUUAUAAAUGGAACUUCAAUCAAAAUAAGUAACUGUUUAUAAAAUUCAGUUUUUGUAGGAUUUUCCAAGGAAAAGUCACCUUGGUUGAAUGUUUCUCAUUAAACUUUGCAGAAGUGAUUCAUAUUCAGUACUGUUUUUAAUCACUUUUUAUAUAAGAACAGAAUGUUUACAAGGAAGCAAGAGUUUGUUAAUAACUUUUAUAUAACAAAAUAAAAUAAAUUUGGAGGUACCUAUCAUCAUAUUAAGUUGAGAAAGAAAAAAAAUCACUGAAAGAAUUUUUGUAACACAGCAGGUCCUCAAAUAACAUUGUUUCAUUCUGUGAAGUUUUAUUAUACAUUGAUGAGAUGCCAUAGGAACUUAUCUCUUGUUUAUGUCACCUAUUCUAAUAUUCUAAUAUUAGAUUCUUGUUAUAGAAAUGACUCUAAAACAAAUGAUAUGCUGUUUUAAUUGUCUUGGGUUGACAGCUAGAGGAAUUGUUUUGGACAACAACAAAGGUGUGAACUUAUGUCUUAGUUUUAUUUUCAGUCUUGCUAAAUAAAAUGAGUCUUUUAUUUACUUUUUUAUUAAAGCGAAAUUUAGCAAUA